UGUGGGCUUUCUUUCACACACACACACAAACACACACGCACACACACACACGCAUGCACACACACUCUCACAGCCGCGUAUACACGGACCACAGUGUAGACCUUUGAGCUGGUUGUACAGGAGAAGUAGAGUGAUGGAGGGGCUUGUGGGCAGACUUUAUCGCGUAAGAGGCGGACAGGCAGAAUCAAACUCACAGCGGCAAUAACACCAAAGCAGCAACGUGCUCGAGUUGAAGACCACCCCACCAACACGUUUGUCAGGAUAGUACAAGAAGUUCUGAGAAAGCAUAAGACAAAGGAAGAGAAGACAUCGCUAAACCUGCUGAUGCUGGCUAGGAUGCAGUCUGCAUUCUUGCGAAUAAGGGCGGAAGCAGAGCAAGAGUCUGAGGAGGCAUCGCUUAGAGGCCUUGGCUUGCGUCGCAAACGGGAAUUCACUCCGGAAGAAAAAAAGGACACCUCCUACUGGGAAAAACGGCGUAAGAACAAUGAGGCGGCAAAGCGCUCUCGAGAGAAGAGGCGGGCGAACGACUACAUGCUGGAGACGCGACUGGUUGCACUAAGCGAAGAAAACGCAGCCUUACGUUCCGAGCUACUAGCUCUGAAGCUUCGGUACGGUCUCCUUGCCCCAAGUGCUCCUUACACCGCCCACCAGAGGAGCUUCCUUCAGAUGCAUCCAUACACACCACAAAGCUCAAACUCCUUUCCUGACAGAGAGCUCUACUGGGGAAGAAGGAGCCAAGAGCCUUCCCAGUUUGCUGGAUACCAACGAGGGCCUGCAACCAUAGCUGCCCAUCCUGGCUCAAAUCUUCUCCCCACACAUUCCCUACCCAUCAGCAGAGCAUAUCCUUACCUUCUAGAUGUACCUGGUCUCCUUCCUUCUACAAACACAUCCAUGCUCUUAGGCCCCGUGAUCCCACCACUGACUAGCUCCUGCCCACUGCUGAAACCUGGAGGUCAGAGGCUCAUGUCAGAUGAUGAAGGUGAGCAGCAGGUGCCAGCCGAUUCCAACGCCGCCCUGCCUCACAAACUGCGGCUGAAGAACGCCAAAGUAGCAGAGCACAAAGACAACAGAGCUGCAUCCCCAAGCCCUAUAUAUGUGUCUGAUUGAGACCAAACUAAACUAAAAAAGAGGUGGACUGUUUGGAUCAUUUUGACAAAUGUGAACAUUGUAUAUAUAGAACUUAAACAACUCAAGUGUGAUCAACAGUUGUUGGUCUUAAAUCAUGUUUCAGAGCAUUUUUAUGCCUGAAGGUCUGAACCAGAGUAAGAAUUAAGGUUCAUGCUCAUAUUACAUUGUGUACAAUUGGUCCAGUUUAUUUGGUUUUCUUUCUGCAGUUUAGUAAAUAAAGAAAAAAAAAAGAACUUUGGUAUAACUUGUUCACAUCACCUAAAUGCACUGUAUUUCUUUUUCGUGACAUUGAUUGGUUCAUAGAAUGUAACCAGUUACCUGCAGUGAGUUAUGUCCAGGUGAUAUGCCAAAUUCUGCCUCUCUGCCAGAAUCUGAUUCUCUGCAAGUACACCUGCACAAAACAACAGAAGCAGAGUAAGAGAUUACCCUCUGAUUCCUUUUAUUUCACUUCAUAAAUAAAAGUUUAUCCACAGUUACAGCAGAUACAGAAAUUACGAGUGUCUGUUGACCUAUACUGCUGCAUGAUAUGUGUACAUGCCAAUGGGAGUCAGAUUUUGCCACAACACCUUUUUUUCAUCUUCUGUCUUUAAAGGUUGACGAUAGCCCGUCUCAACUUCCUGUAAUUGGACCAAAAGUCUAAACAAUCCAAAAAAUUGUUUUUUUACACUGCAAAUGAGCCAGACAAUGGUUCACUUGAUCUGAUUUGAUAGCAGCUCUUUCGAUCAGAAAAAUGGUGGUUGGUUCUUUGGUUACCUUUAAAACAUUCAAUAUAUGUGUGAAAGAACCCUAAAUUAAUCCUGGUUCAGUUUUAUGCAUAUUGGGAAUUCAAAAGCAAAAAAAGUUUUUUUUUUCUCAAUGACAUCUGUGUUGUUAUCUGCUUGGAUUACCAAUUGACUCUUGAUCUGUCAUUCUUGUUACAUAAGAUGCUGUUCAUAAUAGCAAUAAAUAAAAAAAACUCGAUGUUAUUUCUGUAAGUGAGAACAUGCACAGUAAUAAACCUUCAGCUAACAUUCUAAAGCUGAAAUUAGUAACUGAAUAAAGUUAGUAAGUAAAAUUACUAAAAAUAUUCAGUAGUUAAACUAAACACAGCAUAUAUAUGUCCCCCUUACUAGGUAUAUAAAAACUGGUAGCUGGAGAAUUUUGCUUUCCUACAGAACGCAAUGCUUCCCAGCAAGUGAUUUUUGUUGGUUUCUGAAGAUUAGCUCUUUGUUUUUCUUAUCUUUUUGCAUUAAAUAAAGUUCAUUUUGUAUUUUUA